UUUCAUUUCGGCUCCAAACUUUGCUCGCUAGAUCUGGAUGAAGUAAGUUGAUCAUAGAAAAUAGAACGGCCUUUUGACUUCCUCCACGAUGAAUCCUUGUAUUUUAAUAGUGUCUAGCCUUUUUUCUCCCUCCGCUUUAUGCCUUUGUUUGUUAUAUGCUCUGUAUGUUCCUUCUCCUUCCUUCACUGUCGGUUGUUUGGUCGAUUGUCGGGGUAGGGUCGAAGGUCGGAGGUAUCGUGAUUGGGGAGGUCGUAGUUAUUCGAGGUCGCAGGUAUUCGAAGUCAUGAGUCGUCGAGGUCGUACAUUGUCGUCGUGUCGCCCCUCUCCAUCUCCACUACCCAUCCCAAACUUCAGCUACCAUUUCCAACUUCUUCACAUGCUCAAGUCCUCCUACCCAAGACUUCCUCCUACCCAAGACUUCCUCCUACCCAAGACUUCCUCCUACCCAAGACUUCUUCCUACCCAAGACUUCCUCCUACCCAAGACAUCUUCCUACUCAAACCAUCCAAACCUUCCCAACCAAAAGUCCUUUCCAAAUUCCAACUACCGCAUCGUAUCCAAGUCCUCCCACCCCCUCCUACUCCAAACUUUCUCCAAGCUCUCCUUCUAUCAAUAUCCACCCAGCCUCCAAAUUCCCUGACCAACUCCUUCCAUUUCCAAGCCCCAUGCAUCUCCAACUUUCCAUCGCAAGAUCCUUAGCCCCAAACCCUUUCCGACUUCACCUCCUCCGUCCAACUCAGACCCUUCUUCAGAAUCAAAUCCAGACAGUCUAUCUAUCAGCC